CUCACCGAGGAGGGAAGGAGAGGGCGACUGGGCAGCGCUCGAGCUGUGAGAGCGACAGUUAGUGCUGAUAGUCCCAUCCCCGCUGCCUCCUGGUCUUUGCCUCUAGUCUAGACGGAGGAGAAGGGAGGACCGAACUUGGUGGUCUCGCCUCCUGCAGCAGAGUGAGGCCCGCCGAAGGACGUGCCAACUCUUUGGAAUGGGAGACUCUUUGAUAGGCUUGCUUCCUUAGCUGUGAACCUGUAUUGGGAAUUCCUGAGUCGGUUUUCUCCAUGAUGACCUGGCACUAAUCACUUCCUGUCGCUUUCCUGGAUUUCGUGUCCUGAACGGAAAGCUGCUGAGGGAUGGGCACUCUCCUGUUGUCUUUCAGGGCAUGGGAGUUUGUGUAAAGAUGCAGCUGUGAUCCUCGGCUGUGUGUCUCAUUGAAGGGACCUCAUGUUUUACGUUAUUGGUGGGAUCACAGUGUCUGUGGUAGCUUUCUUUUUCACCAUUAAGUUCCUCUUUGAGCUUGCCGCACGUGUAGUCAGCUUCCUCCAGCAUGAGGAUCGGGAGCGCCGAGGGGAGCGGACCAUUUAUGACUACGUGCGAGGCAACUACUUGGACCCCCGCUCUUGCAAAGUUUGCUGGGAUUGGAAGGACCCCUAUGAGGUGGGCCACAGCAUGGCCUUCCGAGUGCAUUUGUUUUACAAGAAUGGCCAGCCCUUCCCUGCUCAUCGCCCUGUGGGGUUACGAAUUCAUAUCUGCCAUGUGGAGCUAGCAAUGGAUAUUCCAGUGACCCAGGAAGUACUUCAGGAGCCCAAUUCGAAUGUGGUGAAGGUGGCAUUCACUGUGCGCAAGGCUGGGCGCUAUGAGAUCAGUGUGAAAAUUGGGGGAUUAAAUGUGGCAUAUAGCCCUUACUACAAAGUCUUUCAGCCAGGGAUGGUGGUUCCCUCCAAAACCAAAAUUGUUUGCCAUUUCUCCACUCUGGUGCUGACUUGUGGGCAGCCACAUACUUUGCAGAUAGUCCCCAGAGAUGAAUAUGAUAACCCCACCAGUAACUCAGUAUCAUUGAUAGAUGAGCACAAUUACAGCCUCUCAAUCCAUGAGCUUGGUUCCCAAGAAGAAGAGUCUUCUGAUAUUUUGUUUGAAAAGUCUGUGGUAUCAAAUCAAAAGACCUGUCAGGUUUUCCUGAGACUCACCCUGCUCCGCAGGGGGUGUUUCCAUGCCUGCAUCUCCUACCAAAACCAGCCUAUUAGCAAUGGAGAGUUUGAUAUCAUUGUUUUAAGUGAGAAUGAGAAGAAUAUUGUAGAGAGAAAUGUGUCUACCUCAGGGGUCAGUAUCUAUUUUGAGGCCUAUCUUUACAAUGCUAGUAGCUAUGCCAACACACAGUGGCACCUUCCACCCCUCCAUUUGGGUGCCUCUCAGCGCCGUCCUUCCACUGCUACUGAAGAUGAGGACGAGGACUCUCCUUCUGACAGCCAGACCCCUGAGAAAGUGAAGAAACCAAAAAAGGUGUAUUGCUACGUUUCACCCAAGCAAUUCUCUGUAAAGGAAUUCUACUUGAAGAUUAUUCCGUGGCGCCUUUUUACCUUCAGAGUGUGCCCUGGAACGAAGUUUUCUUACCAUGGGCCUGAUCCGGUGCACAAGCUGCUGACACUGGUGGUGGAUGAUGGGAUACAGCCUCCCGUGGAGCUCAGUUGCAAGGAGAGGAACAUCCUGGCAGCCACUUUCAUUCGCUCUCUACAUAAAAAUAUAGGAGGUUCAGAGACUUUUCAAGACAAAGUGAACUUUUUCCAAAGGGAGUUGCGGCAGGUGCACAUGAAGAGACCCCACUCCAAGGUUACUCUAAAAGUCAGCCGUCACAAUCUUCUGGAAUCGUCUCUGAAAGCAACACGGAAUUUUUCCGUUUCGGACUGGAGCAAGAACUUUGAAGUCAUUUUCCAGGAUGAAGAAGCCUUGGAUUGGGGAGGCCCUCGCAGAGAGUGGUUUGAAUUGAUCUGUAAAGCUUUAUUUGACACCGUCCAUCAGCUUUUCACCCGCUUCAGUGACAACAACCAAGCAUUAGUGCACCCCAAUCCAAACCGGCCUCCUCAUUUGCGGUUGAAAGUAUAUGAAUUUGCAGGGCGGCUGGUUGGAAAGUGUCUCUAUGAGUCAUCUUUGGGAGGGGCUUACAAGCAACUGGUGAGAGCUCGUUUCACCCGAUCUUUCUUGGCUCAGAUUAUAGGACUGCGGAUGCAUUACAAGUAUUUCGAGACGGAUGAUCCAGAGUUUUAUAAAUCAAAAGUUUGUUUCAUUUUGAACAAUGAUGUGAGUGAGAUGGAGCUAGUCUUUGCUGAGGAAAAAUACAGCAAACUGGGCCAGCUUGAGAAGGUGGUUGAGCUUGUAACUGGUGGUUCUCAAGUACCAGUAACCAAUGAAAACAAAAUCCUCUACUUGAAUCUACUUGCGCAGUACAGAUUGGCUAAUCAGGUUAGAGAGGAAGUGGAUCACUUCUUGAAAGGCCUCAAUGAGAUGGUUCCUGAAAAUCUUCUCGCUAUUUUUGAUGAAAAUGAACUUGAGUUGCUGAUGUGUGGUACUGGAGACAUCAGUGUCUGUGAUUUCAAAGCACAUGCUGUGGUAGUGGGUGGUUCCUGGCACUUCCGAGAAAAGGUAAUGCGGUGGUUUUGGACUGUGGUGUCCAGUUUCACACAGGAGGAACUGGCCAGGCUGUUGCAGUUCACCACUGGCUCUUCUCAGCUGCCUCCUGGAGGAUUUGCGGCACUCUGCCCCUCUUUCCAAAUCAUUGCAGCUCCAACGCACAGUACACUGCCAACUGCCCAUACUUGUUUUAACCAGCUGUGCCUCCCUACCUAUGAUUCCUAUGAAGAGGUACACAAGAUGUUGCAGUUGGCCAUCAGUGAGGGCUGCGAGGGCUUCGGCAUGCUCUGAUUCCCCCCCGGGAAGAGCCCCUCUAGCUCCCUUUGUUUUUCAGGGCAAAGCCCAUACCCACUUCCCUGCUCAUUUGGACGCCCCUUUUAGGGGUAAAGGAGGCAGGGCAGGAGCACCGUGCAAACAGGAAUGUCAAUCUGCAAUGUCACAUGGAGGCCUUCCCUCAUCUGGAGUGUGUGAUUGGAAGCUUUUCUAUCUCCGCUCAGUUUGGUAUGGUAAAUGAAGUGGGGUGCAUCUGCUGGGAUGGCAUGGCACUUACCUUUUCCAGGGUGUGAUAUGUGUAGGGCCCUCUGAAGGAAGGAAGCCCAUAAGCUAGAGUUGCUGUCUGGUACAGAAGAUUUCUAACAUUAAAUAUUCUGAUUGUUUUGUGGGUAAAUGAACCUGUAUGGAGCUCUAAAUCCCCAGAUUAUGGGAAGCCUUAAUACUCUUCCAUGCCUUGGGCCAAAUUUUCACAAAGCUAAUUCCCCUUCAAUCUGGAUAUUGUAGAAGGAAAUAAAACCAUCCCUCCUCCCUUUUGUUGCCUGAUACAUUAGGGCGUUUGUGCCACCUUGCACUGGACGCUGCCAUUGCUUGUCCUUGCUGCGGAGGGAGGGCGGCAUUUCUGACACUGGAGCCCAAGUGCUGGCCCUGGCAGUAGCGUUGUACUACCUCUAUCAGGCACUGGCAACAGGAUGUAUUUGUGUAGUGGUAGUGACUUCCAGUGGCUGAACAGGAAGAAGAAUUUCUCCUCCAGUGAUUGGUUCUGACUGUGAUUAUGAACUUCGACAGGAGAUUUCCCCUCUUCCUCAUAGAAGAUGAAUAUAAGUGUGUUUGAGAUCCAAUGCCUAUCCCAGCACCUCUCUUUCAGGGUACUUUGGAAACAGCAGCGGUAGGUCAAGAGGAAGCAAUUGUGUGCAUCCAAAUUCUGUUUGUAUAGAAGUAAAUUCAGGGUGAUAAGUAUUAGACAGAGCUUAGCUCCUCCCAGUCUUUCCUUCCCAUUCUAUGGGACAUGGGGUCUACUUCUACCACACGGUAGCAAAAGUUGGUUUCCCUAGCGUGUUUCAAGCUGAAUAGGGAAUGGGUGGUGCUGGUGCUCAUGCCCUCCUUUCCCCCAGUUCUCCUGUGUUGUGUGUCCCAAGCAUUCCAUUUGUUUUUAUGGAGAUCAAAUUGGAGGAGGCGCUUAAGCAGGUGGGCUCACAAGACAACAUAUUGCACUAUUUACCCUCCAGGCCGUUUGGGAGAUCGUGGGUGCAGCUAUGUAUACCUGAUCAGUGUCUCUCACUAAUUCUCACCACACCUUCUCCACUACUCCUAUUUCCUUGGCAAUAAAGGAGUGGGAAUUCAGGGAUCCUAGCUGGCGGUCCAACCAGUUCUCCUCAGCAAAGCCAGAAUCUGAGUUGAUUGUCAACCCUCCAGUGGCACCUGAAAUGCAUUUCUUGUGGUCCAGAAAGAUGUUGGUGGCUGUUUGUUUAAUGAGGGGAGCCAACAACUGCGACUGCCUCCCUCAAGGCUGGAAUCUCCACUUCAUAUCUCAGAAAACCGAACUCUUUAAAAAAUAGUUCACAGCAGUGCCAGUAUUUCCAGUUCAGCCAUUCUGCUAUAGAUUAUGGUUACAGCUUUUUGAGAUAGCAAAUGGAUCUCUUCUGUUUUCAGCAAGGUGUGCAUAUUUUUUCAAAAUAUGAAAUAACGAUUUAAAAGGGGACAAAACAGGAUUUUACUUUUUUCUAUAGGUGAAUACGUAUUGCAGCUGUUCUGAAGUACAAGCCAUCGCUCUGCCAAAAAAAAAAAAGCUAGUACUCUGAGUAUUGGGGACAGCUCAGGGAGUCUUUUCCCUUUGGGGGCUUGUUUAGAGACCACCACUGUAUUUUCCUUCAUGGCAGAUGUUUUUCUUCAAGCAGAAGUUCUUCUUAAAAGCAGAUUGAUUGUGCUGUGAGGAGCUCUUUAUGCCAUCAGAUUGCGCUAAAGGUGACUUCUGUAAACAGAGUGCAGUGGAGAUUCCUGGAUGACUUCUGACCGCCACCCGCUGCUCUCCCUGGGGACCAGAAAGGGAUGCUGCUGCAGCGAAUGGCUGGGAAGAAGAGCUGCUUCUUGCUGUUCUGGUCUUUUUUGUCUUGUUCCCUGAUCUAAUUAUUAAUCCCUGAUCCCCUAAUCUUUUUCCAGCCAUGGCUUGAAGUUGGUUCUGCUACAUCUUCCUCAGGAAUCCGCUCCUUUUUUUAUACUAAGGACUGAGUGGCUGGUAAUUCAGCAGGUAAUCAUCUGCUUGAAACCACUCUCGUAUAAUAAAUUAUAUUUGGCACUUGUUGCCUUUCUGCAGCUGUACAGAUGCCAAGGAUUUUCUUUACACACAAGCACAGUCAGAACAGUGGGUGAUGCAGCUCGUUCCUAGUUAAUAACGGGCUUCUGCAUGGGUUCACAUAUGCCUACAGUUAGCCAGUUCCCAUUGUUCCAGAGCUUCAUAAUUUCAAUGCAGAUGGUCUGAUUUUGCUUUUUGUUCUUUCCCACCUGUAAAUGUUGCCCGGAUUCCAGUGUGGGGACAUGGUGCAGGCUGUGCUGUAGCCAUUGAGUGUGUGUGUGAGUUCUGAAGAAAUCCCUUCCUUUUUCACUGAUCUUUGUUCCAUCUAAGUGUGUCAGUUUCCAGGGUAAAAGAUAACCUCACGAUACUGUCUCAAGCAGACCUCUCUGCGCCGAAUUGCAAUUGGACUUGGUCUUGCCCUGCCUCUGAGAAAUAUCUUGCAUGUUUUAGAAACCAUUGCUAUUAAUUUUAGCUAGGCCAGGGCCUGUUUUCAGCUAGCUAGCUCCAGCUUAUAUUCCAGUGAGAUUCUGUAUGUCUCUAAUAGAUGUAAAUAGUUUGUACAAUAAAUAAAAAAUAUUUAAAAUA